CAUGGUAGUUGCUGUGUUCUGCUCACGUAGUGACCAAUUUAAUACUCCUAUUUGCAAUAUCUACCACCAUUAAACAAAUACUACUACUACUACUCUACUGAAAAGUAUGCAAUACAGCUUUUCCUUUUCUUUCUUUUGUCUUCAUCUUCUCUUUAUUUCAUUCAUUGAGAUAUAAUUGUAUUUAUUCCAAACCCAACCGAAAGACUAGUUGAUAUAAAACAUUUCUUGGAUGUUGACCCACUUUUCUUUUCUUUCUUCUCUCUUUUGCAAAGAUCUCUGAAUUUUAAUUUUUGGUCAUCAAUUUUUACUUUUGGGGUUCGAAGUUGACUUUGUUCUUCUUCUUAAGGUGUGGUAAAGAUAAAUUAGAGGAGCUUUGAUUUAGGUUACAACACUUUAACAGCCUUGUCCUUUGACAAGUUUGCUUCAGUUUACUGGAAAAAGGCUUAUCUUUUAAGGAAGAGCAGAAAGAGCAGUACCAGUUGUUCUGGUGUUUGGACUUGUAUCUGUAAGUGUUGGUAUUAGAUGUCGUUCCGCAGUAUAGUUCGGGAUGUAAGAGAUAGCUUUGGCAGCUUAUCCAGGCGAAGCUUUGACGUAAGGCUCUCUGGUCAUCAAAGGGGUAAAUCACAUGGUUCAUUUCAUGACUUAAGCGACCAGCCUGUUGUUGUCCAGAACAGUUGUUGGGCUAAUCUCCCACCAGAACUACUUUUUGAUGUAAUUAGAAGAUUAGAAGAGAGCGAGAACACAUGGCCUGCUCGUAAGCAUGUUGUAGCAUGUGCUUCAGUUUGCAGGUCAUGGAGGAUUAUGUGCCAGGAAAUUGUAAGAAGUCCUGAAGUUUGUGGAAAGCUUACUUUUCCAGUGUCGUUAAAGCAGCCUGGGCCUCGUGACGGAAUGAUUCAAUGCUUCAUCAAGAGGGAUAAAUCUAAUUUGACUUACCAUCUUUUCUUGUGUCUCAGUCCUGCUUUACUAGUUGAAAAUGGGAAGUUCCUUCUCUCUGCAAAGAGAACAAGGCGGACUACUUGCACGGAGUAUGUUAUCUCCAUGAAUGCAGAAAACAUCUCGAGAUCAAGCAACACUUACGUUGGAAAAUUAAGGUCAAACUUUCUGGGUACAAAAUUCGUUAUAUAUGACACACAGCCUCCAUGCACGUCUGCUAACAUCCCCCCUCCCGGCCGCACAAGCCGUAGAUUCUCCAAGAAAGUCUCUCCUAAAGUCCCAACUGGAAGCUACAGCAUAGCUCAGAUCAAAUACGAGCUAAAUGUUCUUGGAACAAGGGGCCCACGGAAAAUGAACUGUGUCAUGCACUCGAUUCCUGCCUCAGCACUUGAUGUGGGCGGUUCUGUGCCUGGCCAACCAGAGCUUCUCUCAAGGUCCCUUGAGGAUUCAUUCCGAAGUAUCUCUUUCUCAAAGUUGCUUGAUCAUUCUACUGAUUUCAGUAGCUCACGGUUUUCUGAAAUUGUUAGAGCAUCAUCCAAUGAGGGAGAUGAUAGCAACGCGAAACCCUUGGUUCUAAAGAACAAGUCACCGCGUUGGCACGAACAACUGCAGUGCUGGUGCCUAAACUUUCGAGGACGAGUGACAGUUGCAUCUGUAAAGAAUUUUCAGUUGAUUGCGGCCAACCAACCACCUGCUGGCGGACCCACAACCUCUCGGUCAAGUCAAUCAGAUCAUGACAAAGUCAUCCUGCAAUUUGGCAAGAUAGGCAAAGAUAUGUUCACUAUGGAUUACAGGUAUCCACUGUCUGCAGUUCAGGCUUUUGCUAUAUGCUUGAGCAGCUUCGACACCAAAUUGGCAUGUGAAUAGAAGGAAAAAGUUGUUACAUUAGGAUGGAAAAAAAUUUAACCGUGAUGGCUUUGUUCUGGAUAUAUUUUAUUUUGUUUCUUAUUUUCGCCAGUAGAAUUAGGGGUUGUCCCUAAUCUUGUAAAAACCUGAUUUAAUCGCAACACUGAUCUUGUGCCAGUGGUGCUACAUAUGCCAAACACUUUGUGCUCUGGACUGUGCAAUGACACUCACUGUUGACCACAGUUCUGGGCUGCUGACAUUGUGUGGCUAUCCAUGGGAAUUGUACUCUUGGUCUGAUUAACUCAAAUGCUAUGGAUCUUUCAAUUUACUA